AUGGAUAAGUAUACGCCCGCUCUGGGCGAGUUCCUUACCAAUGAGACGACUACAGCAGAGGACAAGAUAGAUUUGUUGAUUUUUUUGGCUGACAGGCCAAAAUGCGCGCCCAUCAGCAGUCUCUUGCCCAUGGAGGAGCUUGAAGUCAGGCUUCAAGUAAUCGAUGAUAUCCGGAAAAAGCUCGCGCCAAAGCCUGGCGAAGAAGAGCCUCAGCUGAACUACUUACAGUUCGCGACUUUGAUGCUCCUGCCUCUCAACUUUUUGCACAAUUUUAAACAAUGCUUCCAUGGCACCAUCCAACACGACCUCUCCACUGAACGUCUUCAGGCGACUCUAUAUUUCAUGAUGAAAGGUAGAAUCCCUGGAACCACGUCUGAUGGCAGCCCAGUUGCGAGCCCAGUUGCGACCCCAGUUGCGACCCCAGCCACUCCUGUGAAGGGUGAUGAAGGACGCCAAGCUAGCCUUGGGUCAGCCAACACGAAGAAAACCAAUAGGAAUGCAAAUGAGCGUAAAAAGUGCCUCGUGCGAGAUGGGAAUGCGUGUGUUCUCAUGCAAACAGCAAUGCCUGAAGUUUGCCACAUCCUGCCCUUUUCCAUCAGCACCACAGAUGCGGCAUUGCGUUUCUUCUCACACAAGUGUGGCAGUCUCAUCUACGGACUCCAAUUUGGAACUGAUGAUAAUAAGACUCUCACUGAUAUGUCGAAGAACCGUGGUUGGUCAGACAAAGCAUGGAAUAUGUUGUGUCUCAAUCGUCAACUUCAUGCUUGGUGGGCUGAGGGUUACUUUGCACUGAAGUAUCUUGGGACUAUCGAAGAGAGCAAGGAAGCAUCGAUUGUACAAGUUCAAUUUCACUGGAUGCCCCGGAAUGGGCUUGAUUGCCAACAGAAUUGCACCAUUCCUGAAGCACUCGAAGCAAUGCGGCGUACAGUUUCUGACGACAAUGGAUUCAUCAAGGCCAGCAGAGCGAGCUCCGGUCGGUCCCUUGCCACAGGGCAAGUGUUUGAUAUCCCAGUUCACCCAGAUGACGCUCCCAAUAUGAAAAUCAUGAUCGAUCUGCAAUGGGCCAUUAUUCGAGUCGCAGCGCUUUCAGGAGCCGCAGGAUAUAUUGACGAGCUGGACAAGGAGUACCGCGACCCUUGGGAUGAAGAUGCUGCUCUUUUUACUGGUGAAUUUGAAGACUGGAUUGAGGCCACGCCCUAG